UAGAAAUUUUGACAGCUGCCGCCGUGAAAUGCAGAAGACGCUGGCUUGACUCAGUAUUUUAAUGUAACGCAAGCUGUGACUCCGUGCAGUUUAAUCGGUGCAGUUCCUGCCGUCUUCGCCCAAUGCAGCAAUUGCCUAAGUGAAGCCUUCUGUACAAUCGAUACUAGUUGACAGAAAUGGGCCUGCCCGGUUUUGAAACGGCCCCCGAUCUUCAUCAGGAAAAUCAAUAGAAGGUUGGGUCUCUGAUUAUUCCAACGGCAACCAAUAUCGGCACUCGGCAUUUGCGGGACGUUAUACACGGAGAGUUCCUCAGUUGGCAACCAUUUUACAAGGAGGUACUAGUAAUUUGUUUUGCCUAAACUUGAUACAUGUUUUCAGUGGAAAGUUAGCAGUUACUUUGGGGCUUUUUCCUUGGGAAAGGUUUUAAUAAGAUACCCGGAGUUACCACCAGAACCUAGACAGGCUCUUCACUCAUAGCUGCAGGAACUAGGACACUGCAGGGCAUUCUGAAUCGGGAAGAUUUCAGGGAAGACACAGACUUGCCACAACUGUUAUAGGGCUAUCAAUGUGACAGCAUAAAGUGACGCCAGCAACGCCAGCAACACCGACCACAGUCAGUUCUACCCCACCACUCCUCAAGUGUCUUUGACACAUCUGCCUAAACUCCGCCAACAUGGCCGCCUUCAUAGCGAAACAAAUGGUAGGCAAUCAGCUCAAGUCCGUCACAGGUGCAAUGGGUGACAAGGAUGAGGAGAAGAAGAACGAGGAAGGGGAUGAAGAUGAGGAUCCCGAGAUUGCAGAAGCCCGGAGAGAGGCUGAAGAAAAGAGGAAAGACAAGCAUAGAAAAAUGGAGGAAGAGAGAGAAGAACUUCGGCAGUCCAUACGAGACAAGUAUGGCUUGAAAAAGAAAGAGAAAACUCCGGAAGAAGAAGUCGCACAGCCACUAGCUGAAGGUCGUAUAGGUCGCAAGAAGAAGACGCCAGCAGAGCUUGAGGCCGAAAACAAUGCAGAUUCAGAUGACGACGAGUUAUCAAGCUUCCCCAAAAACUUAACCGAGCUCCAAUCUAAAGUGAGUGAACUGCCAACAAAAUUGGCCGCGGGAGUAGGGGAGGUAACUCAGAAGUGUGUAGUGCAGUGAUCCGUGCAAUGUUUAGUCAGCCUUAGUCCCAUUAUGCAAGAGAAGGCAUUUGGAAGAUGUAGCAUUAACAUUCUGUUGGUACGGUGUAUAGUAUCUAGUAGCAACAGUUGCUUGGAUACUGACAGACAGUCAGUUCUGAUUGGCUAGUGAUGGAAACAAGAUUGGCAGCAUAUCAUGUUUUGCUUUGUCCAAUCAGGAUGGAGACAGGUCGGCAUGGUAACGAUAGACGAUGAAGGAUAGACCAUUUAUGUUGCCUUUGUUUCACCAGCGUUUAUUGACAGCAUAUAUUGUUUACGUUACGACAUACCUCUCAUGGUUGGCGCCAUGUAAAGAUAGAUCACAAUCUCCAUGGUUGCGAUGGUGGAGAGUUUGGCAAUCAUUUCACUGGCUGCUAUGUUCAAGGUUUUUUAAGUCACUUUUAUAAGUUCAUAUUUUUCUCUCAAGCUGUCAGGAUUAUUUGAGAAUCAGUUAACUGUCAUUAUCUGGAACUAAUGUAUCAAUCUUUUUGAAAUCUUUUUACAUUUUAUGGUCACAAUUCAGAUUAAUUUAAAUACCGACUUAUUCUACUUGUCUUCAUGGUUUGAUAUAAGGACAAAGAAUUUUGCAUCUUUGAAAAAUGCAAGUUAGAUUUGGAAACCAUUUACAGUAUUUUUUAGCUACCUCGUUCAUCAAAAGAAUUAACUGGCAAUAUUUUGAGAUGCAUUCGUUUUCUAUGAUUUUGAUUUUUCAAGUUACACAUAACAACAAUAAUCAAGUUAGAUAUGAACAAAAUGACAAGAAAUUUGAUAACUCUUGACUGUCAGUUGUAACCCAAGAGGUACAGAGGGUACCAGAUUAUCACAGGGUCAUAAGAAUUAAAGGAUCAUAAGAAUUAAAGGAUCAACAUGGCACAGACAACUUACUCCUCAAACAGCUUGAAAACAGAUUACAACCAUAAUUGGAAUCUUACGAGUAUAUUUGUUGAGAAUUCUAACUUUAAUCUAAAAGUGAACAUUCCACUUAAAUUCAUCUAUACCUAGUCUCUGUGAUUGAUGAGAAUUCCUAUGAUCUCGGUUUUGUUAUUGCUUCAUGACAGUUUGCCAUGACAUUUGCCAUGACAUUGACUUAAGUAUUAUAUUUGUGUUAUGAGAGAAAUCUGCAUUGUCGGCAAUAACAUGUUCAGGUCAUCAAAGUGUUUAUUUCUUGUUAUGCUAUUUUAUACAAAGAAGUACUUUCAUUUGUUUUUUCUUUUUAUUGUAUGUAAAUAUAUAUCUAUACGUCAUUCCAAGUACAUUUUAAGUCAUUAUCUCAUAUCUUCCUCCUGUUUUAUUGUUUAAUUUCUUAUUAAUCAAAAUUGUUUUAAUUGGAUCAAUUUUAUUAAAAAUUGUUUCACCAAUUGUCAUCCUUAUAUCUGUUUUAUCAAUUAUUUUCUUAAAUGCAUCAAACAAAAGUUGUUCAUAUUUCAAACACAUUUUUCAAAAUAAAAUGAUCUCAACACACAAGGUCCCUUAAGCACUUAUACAUAUAUUCACAUCACAAAUUCCAGUUAUCUCCCUUUGGUUGUCAUGUUAUUCACAAAUCUUGCUUCUGUACAAUAACACUAAGAUGCAUUUAACCUGUUUUGUUAUGUAUUACUGAGUAUGCCCUCAUUAUCCUGUCACUCAUAUCGGAUGGUGCAAUCACAUGAACAUAUGAAUGUUUUUCCUUCUUUGUAUGACUUGUCCAAGAUACAGCGUUAUGUUACCAUAGCGAUAAUGGAACUGGUAAGUUGGCGUCAAGUGUUGCUAUACUGAAGACUUCUUCAGCUUGUAGACUAGCAAUAGGCAUCAUAUUUAUCACUUGUAUCUAUCAGAUCGCCAGAUUAAGUCAUCUUCCAUCACUUACUUACAUGUUAUCAACUCUUUCAGACGAGCAGGAAAUCUCUACCUAUAAUUCGUCAUAAUCACAUUCAAUAUUGAAUCACUGAAUCAAUGAACUUGGAAAAUACUCUUAAUAAUAGUUGGAUAGUUCUUCAACAGGAAGUAGGAUAUCCUAUAAUCAGUGAUGAAUAUCAGAUGAUGCCAGAUUGUUUUGAGAAUGGGUGUUAAAGAGAUUUACCUAUUGUCUGAACCAGAUGAAGAGUUAACAAAGAAGGCAGGAUUUACAGUGCUCUUUAUAAAUUAGGUAUGAUUUCAGUUUUAUCCUAAUCAUAUUAAAGUAUUUAGCUUCAUUCGAAUCUUGCCAAGGUUACAACAUUUGCUUCUCAUAUGUAGAAUAUUAAACAUCAUCGGCGCUGUAUAGCGAUGGUGCGGAUGUUGUUGUGAUGGUCAUGACGAACGCUGUCAUACUUAUGAUUACCCAGGAGAGUUCAAGAAAACCAACUCCAGACUUUUUAAGGGGGAAGGCAAAAUUUUCCGAUCCAAUGACACCCGUUUAUGUCCUACGAUGCAUCUAUUUGUCGAGGUGUGACAUCAUGGCCCUUCCAACAGACCAUCUGCAGUGUUUUUCUUGUGAUAUUUCUACUUAAUGUACCAGGUCUGAUAUGUAUGCCAUGGACUCUGUAUUGUGAGUUGCCAUGGAAACAAGGUACUUCACAUUUAUUAGAAUAGCAUUAUUUUGAGGAUGUUCUCUCACUGGACUUACCUGCCUAUGACUCUUGCCUUCACUUGAUAAUGCCCUGGAAAAUCUUUAUGAAAGUUUAUUCUGUAAAAUUAAAAAAUUACUAAAAAAUAAUUUGAAGACUGUGCAUUAAGAUACACAAUACCUGACAUACAACAAGGCAGUAAGCUAAGUAUGCUUUAGUAAGUAUUGGUUUCAUUAUGAUCUAAUCAACUAUCAAUUCCAAAUAUUUCCAAUGAAGUUCAUCCAAGUAGAUAAAUCAGAAUAUAUUCUUGAGGUCACAUUAAAUAUUUCUAGCUGAAACUCCUGAUAAGUCUAAGAUUUUCCUGUUGAAUAUUGAAGUGUUGAAUACCCUUACACGGAGAGGUGGUUGUGGCAGUUUGGCAAGCCAGUGAGAGAAGCCAGCUUUUGUCUCCUCAACAACUUGUACGGAGACCAACAUGGCUGUUGUAGACAUAUUGUGGCAUGUACAGAGUUAUUGUUGCAUUUUCUUUUACUUAGUUCAAGACAAUGUUGACCAGAAAUAAAGUUAUAAAUAUAGAAUGUU